AUGCUUUUCGGUCUUGCCGUCCUAGGCCUCUCGGCCCUGACUGGUGCGCUGGAGCUGCCCUCAUUCGCACCGGCCGAUUUGCCGCUCAGUACGAAAGAUAAUGAUGGGACAAUUGGGGGACGCUACGACGUCCGCCCGACUAUGGCAAUUACCCAAGAUCCAUUUCAGCCCGGGCUUAACAGCUGGUUCUACCUCGUGUGGUUGACCACCGUCGACGGCAGAAAGUACCACCUUACCAUAAACACGGUGCUCAGGGGCGCUAGCGAGCUAGGCUACAACGUUUCCGCCUUCCAGGGCCUACAAGACCUCUCCGACCUCACCACCACCGGCGGUGUCAUCCUAGAGUCGGGCACAUCGAGCAAAGAUCACCUUAAUAUCCACGCCCCCUCGCAGAACCUCACCACCGUGCAAGGCUCGGACAACUACACCGACGUGCACUACAGCGGCGAUUUCGCGGGCUUCGCCCUAGACCUGGACUUCCAGCCUACCGGCCGCAACUUCUACUACGGCGGCAGCGGCGGCUACACGCUCGCUCCCGUCAGGCCGAGCGACCUCUUCACCGUACCCCCCGGUUACUCUUGGUACUGGGGCAACCCGCACCUUCGCGUCUCCGGAAGCAUCAAAGUCGACGGCCAGGACGUCCAAAUCGAUUCCACGCAGUCCACCGGCUUCUUCGAGCGGCAGUGGGGCGUCAUGCAGCUGCGCAACUGGUACCUGCACUGGCUCUACCUCUCCAACGGCGUCGUGCUGCACAUUUGGAUCAACGAGCCCUCGACCACGGGCGCGCCCACCUCGGACAGCAUCGCCGUCGCCAGCGUCUGGUAUCCCAACGGCGCCUCCGAGGUGCUGCCCGUCGACGACACCACAAGCGCCUGGGACGCAGUGCGCGAUCCGGAGUCCGGGUACUUGUAUUUCAGCGAGUAUCGCAUCGACUUGCUGCAGGCGAAGAAUGCUUCGUUGCACGUAACGAGGCACGGAGGGUUGGAUGCCGUGUUGAAGCCGUUGGGCAAUAUCUCGGGCAUGUUGAAUGUUUCAGAGGCGUAUGCGCAGGGCGACGGGACGUGGAAUGGUGAGCAGGUGCAGAUUUGGGGACAUGUGGAACAGAUUUCGACUUUGGUCUAA